ACCUGAAACAUACGCCAGACGCUGGUCUCUGCUCUCUGGUCUCUGCUGGUGCCUGUAGGCUACCUGAAAACAAUAGCCUGACUCUGGCCUCUGGUCUCGGUUGGUGCCUGUAGGCUACCUGAGAGGAGGAGACACACUGAGGCUGCUUCACGGACACAGCGACGCCUGCCUCACCCUGCCCUCCAGAGAGUAUGGAGAGGAGCUGCAAAGAACAAUCCAUUAUGGGAUUGGCUCAGUGUCCAGCCAGGCCUGCUCCCUCUGGAGACUGGAGAUUCUGCGUGUCAUGUGGAGCGGGAGCCACGCCCGCUGGGGCCAGCCCUUCCGCCUGCGCCACCUGACCACCGGGAGAUACCUGGGGCUGACGGAGGAAGGCGGCCUUCAUCUGCUGGAGCGCAACAGUGCUGACGUCGGCACCUCCUCUUUCUGCUUCCAGCCCUCGAAGGAAAAGGCUCAACCAUGCUCUAAAAAGGAUGUUGAGGGCAUGGGCACGGCAGAGAUCAAGUAUGGAGACUCAAGCUGCUACAUCCAGCAUGUAACCUCCGGCCUGUGGCUCACCUACCAGGCGGUGGACGGGAAGUGUGCACGCAUGGGGUCCAUUCAGCGCAAGGCCAUUCUGCACAGCGAGGGUCACGUGGACGACGGGCUGACGCUGUCCCGCUCCCAGAGAGAGGAGUCGGGCAUCGCCAGGCUCAUCCGCACGGCGGUUCACCUCUUCACUGCAUUCGUCAGGAAACUGGACGGUCUGGAUCAACAAGAAAACGUCUCCUCGGUAAACCUCCAACUAGAGACAAUACAACUCUGUCUGGGGGAUCUGAUUCAUUUCUUCAAGCCCCCAGAGGAGGGACUGGGGCAUGAGACCUACCAGAACGGCCUGAAGACCUUGAAGAAGAGACAAAGCCUGUUUCAAGAGGAGGGCGUGGUGAACCUGGUGGUGGACUGCCUUGAUCGUCUCCAUCUGUACACCAGCACCGCUAACUUUGCUGAAUCUGUUGGGGGGAGCGGAGAGGGAGAAGGCUGGGAAAGCCUCCUCAAUGUUUUCUAUCAACUACUGGCGUCUCUGAUCAGGGGGAACCGCAGAAGCUGUGCCCGGUUCUCCUCCUCACUGGACUGGCUGGUGGAGAUGCUGGAGCGAACGGAGGCCUCCACAGGUGUCUUGGAGGUUCUGCACUGCAUGGUGCUGGAGAGCCCAGAGGCCCUCAAUGUCAUUAAAGGGGGACACAUCCAAUCCAUAAUUUCCCUCCUGGAUAAACAUGGACGAAAUCACAAGGUGCUGGAGGUGCUGUCGUCCCUGUCUCUGUGUCACGGCAUGGCCGUGCGCUCCAACCAGAACCUCAUCUGUCAUGGCCUGCUCCCCGACCGAGACCUGCUGCUGCAGAGCCGGCUGGUCAACCAGGUCACAAGCAUGAGGCCCAACGUAUUCCUGGCCCUUGGGGAUGGGUCGGCCCAGCAUCGCAGGUGGUACUACGAGCUGGCAGUGGACCGUGUUGAGCCCUUCCUCACGGCCGAGCCCACCCACCUGCGCGUGGGCUGGGCCUGCACCGAGGGCUACAACCCCUGGCCCACCGCCGGCGAGGGCUUCGGGGGCGACGGGGUGGGAGAUGACCUCUACUCCUAUGGCUUCGACGGGCUCCGUCUCUGGUCAGGUUGUGUCAGUCGCCGGGUGAGUUCUCCCUUCCCUCACCUGCUGAGAGACGAGGACGUGGUCAGUUGCUGCCUGGACCUGGUGGCGCCCUCCAUCUCCUUCCGGGUCAACGGGCUGCCUGUGCAGGGCAUGCUGGAGAACUUCAACAGCGACGGCCUGAUGCACCCUGUGGUCAGCUUCUCCGCUGGAAUCAAGGUGCACUUCCUGUUCGGAGGACGGCACGGAGAGUUCCGCUUCCUGCCCCCGCCGGGUUUCGCCCCGUGCUCCGAGGCCCUGCUGCCCGGGGGGGCCAAGCUGAAGGUGGAGCCCUGCCAGCGCUACAGCCUGGACCCCGAGGACGGGGGGCGGGAGCUCCUGGGCCCCUCCAUGGCCCUGCUACCGCCCACCUUCACCCCCACACCCGUGGACAUCAGCAAGGUGGAAUUACCUGCGCAACUGGAACACAUCCGGGAAAGACUGGCUGAGAAUAUCCAUGAACUUUGGUCAAUGGACAAGAUAGGACUGGGCUGGGCCUACGGAUCUGUGAGAGAUGAGGCUAAGCGUUUGGACCCCGGCCUGGUCGAGUUCCAAAAGCUUCCUGAGAAGGAGAAGAACCAGAAUCUCCAGAUGGCUCAGAUAACAAUCAAGACGCUCCUCGCUCUUGGAUUCCACAUUGGGCUGGCAGACGACCGCGCUGAGAAACACCUUCAGUACAUACGGCUUUCAACAAAGUAUGAGCAGCCCAGCGGCUACCGGCCCGCCCCGCUCGACCUGAGCCAGAUGGUGCUGGGCGUGGCCCUGGGGACGGCCGUGGACGCCCUGGCCCAGAACGAGCACAACGCCUGGGCCGAGCAGCUCAUCGCACAGGGCUGGACCUAUGGAGCUCAGCGGGAGGGGAAGGCCAAGAGGAGCCCCCAGCUGGUGCCGUACGGCCUGCUAGAGGAGCAGAGCAGGGAGGCGGGCAGAGACAGUGCCCGGGAGGCGGUCUGCACCCUGCUGGCCUACGGAUACAGCCUGGAGCCCCUCGCCCUGGAGCCCGCUGCUCUGAGCGACCCGUGCAGUCUGCCCUCCGCCGAGGGGGGCCGGAUGUUUCGUGCCGACCAGCGCUACGCGGUGACCCAGGGCCGCUGGUACUUUGAGUUUGAGGUGCUGACGGCGGGGGCCAUGAGGGUGGGCUGGGCUCGACCGCAAUGCUCCCCGGACCGAGAGCUGGGCUCUGACGACAUGGCCUAUGUCUUUGACGGCUCCACGGCCCAGUGGUACCACCAGGGGGGCGAGCCUCUGGGCUGUCCCUGGAAGAGGGGUGACGUGGUGGGCUGCCUGCUGGACACGGCCCAGCGCACCAUGGUGGUCAGCCUCAACGGGGAGGCACUGCUCAACCACCUGGGCUCGGAGCUGGCCGCCAAAGACUUUGACAUCGGAGACGGCCUGCUGCCUGCGGUGAGCCUUGGGCUGAACCAGGCGGGGAGGCUGAACCUGGGCAGGCAGGGGGCCACGCUUCAGUGCUUUGCCCGCUGUGGCCUCAAGGAGGGCUACCAGCCCUUCGCCGACAACAUGGCCAGAGAACCCCCCCUCUGGAUGAGCUGGAGGCAGCCUCAGUUCAUCUCCGUCCUGCCCCACCACCGAGACCUGAUGGUCACCAGAGACAGUGGGAAGGCCGAUGCUUCCCCAAGCCUUAAGGUGUCUCAGCGAACGAUGGCGUUGUCUAACCUCGGAGGCAGUGAGACGGGCUUCUACCGACUCAGCAUGUCUAUCCAGACGGCUGCAGUACUCGCCAGUCCUGCAGGGGGUGCUCUCCCGGGGACCACCAGCCCGGUGUCUCCAAGCAGGAAGGAAAUGGAGGAGUUUGAGGUGGACUCAGACUUUGAGGUGCUAAUGAAGUCUGCCCAUGGGUUCUCUGGAUCGAGGGACGAGCUGAAUCAAAAGGACCAGAGCCACGACAAAACAUCCAGGCUCAAGCAGCGAAGGUUCAUGCUGAAGAAGAACAAACCGGGCUUGGUCUGCAGCAACUCCUCCGCCCGGCUGCUGGAGGACGUGCUCGUGGAGAAGGAAAACAACGGCUGUCUGGUGCAGAGCUCAAUGUAUUACUACUCAGUACGGGUGCUUCCUGGCCAGGACCCCUUCAAUGUGUGGGUGGGCUGGGUGACCUCUGACUUCCACCAGCAUGGGCCCACCUUCGACCCUGACAGAACCCGCACCGUGACGGUGACCUUGGGGGACGACAGCGGCAAGGUGCAGGAGAGCGUGAAGCGAAGUAGCUGCUACAUGGUGUGUGCGGGAGAAGCCACCGGUCUGUCCCAGAGCCGGAGGAGCGCGGGCCUUGAGAUCGGCUGUCUGGUCAACAGUGCCAGCGGGCUGCUCACCUUCACGUCCAGCGGAGUGGACAUGGCCACUUUCUACCAGGUGGAGGGAAGCACAAGGCUGUUCCCUGCCGUCUUCGUCAAGCCCACUGCCUCCCAAAUGUUUCAGUUCAAUCUGGGUUGUGUCAAGAACGUGAUGCCGUUGUCAGCGGGUCUCUUCCGCAGCCAGAGGACCAACACGGCUCCUCAGUGCCCUCCCAGGCUGCACGUCCAGCAGCUCUGCCCCGUCUCCUGGACCCGGGUGCCCCAGCAGACGCUGAGGGUGGAGGCGACGCGGCUGGACGCCCGCCACGGCUGGCAGGUGCAGUGCUCCGAGCCGCUGCAGGUCAUGAACCUCCACAUCCCGGAUGAGAACAGGUGCGUGGACAUCUUGGAACUGUCGGAACGUCAUGACCUCCUGACCUUUCAUCACCACACCCUCCUCCUCUACUGCUCCCUCUGUGCCCUUGGCAACGCCAGGGUGAGCCACGCCCUCUGCAGUUACCUGGACCAAUCCCAGCUCCUCUAUGCCAUUCAGAAUCCCUAUCUCCCUGGGCCACUGCGAACAGCCUUAUAUAAACUCCUCAUUCAGGUUUACCUCAGCUCCAGCGCCACCGCGUGCCUCAUGACCAACCAGGAGUACGUCAUCCCCCUGACGGAGCAGGCCAGCUCCCUCACCCUUCAACCAGGCUCUGGUACCACGGGUGCGGGCUCUUCCGGUCCACCUAGUCCCAUUCCGAGCAUGGCCCUCAGCACCUCCCUCAAGCCCAAGAUGCUCCUCUCCUUGACCUGCUUUGUGCGUGCGAGCAACGGGAUCGCGGACGCUAGCGGAGAAGGUAGCGGCGGCGGCCCCGAGCCCUCGGUCUUCACGGGCAGCCCCCGCAUCCCCCUGGAGCAGCUGAAGAGCCUCACCGUGGAGCUGCUCAGCGCGGCAGUGGGGGCGGCGGGGCAGGGCGUCCGCGACCCAGAAGGGGGCAGUGUUGAGCUGCUGCUGGUGCCGCCACUCCGGCUGUUCUACAGCCUGCUGGUCAUGGGGGUGUUUGGGGACGAGGAUCUGGGUAAGGUGCUGGAGCUGAUCGAGCCCGGGGUCUUCCGCAGGGUUCCCCGUCGAGAGGAAAAGGGGACGCUUGAUGACCAGGGGGGCCGUGGUGGUGGUGAUGAUGAUGAUGAGGAUGAUGAUGAUGAUGAUAAUGAUGGAUUUAGGAAGGAACAGAUGGGCUGCAAAGGCGGGAAGGAAAACAUUCCCAAACAAGGGCUACUCAAGAUGAAGCUGCCCGAAGCUGUCAAACUGGAGCUGUGCCAGCUCCUGUCCUACCUGUGUGACUGCCAGGUGCGCCACAGGGUGGAGGCGGCGGCGGCCUUCUCGGAGAGCUUCGUGGGCCGGCUGCAGGAGAACCAGCGCCUGCGCUAUAACCAGGUGAUGGAGGCGUUUAACAUGUCCGCCGCCCUCACCGCCCGCAAGACCAAGGAGUUCCGCUCCCCUCCGCUGGAGCAGAUGAACAUGCUGCUGAGCUUCAGAUCGGAUCAGGACCACGACGACUGUCCCUGUCCAGAGGAAAUCCAGGACCUGCUACACGACUUCCACCACCGCCUCACCGCACACUGUGGAAUUGACACAGAUGGUGAUCAGGAGAGCGAUGAGGGAACAGAGAGCAACAUUAAAGACCGACUCUUCAGCCUGAUAAGGAGGGUCAUCGGCAGAAAGGAGAAUUGCACAGACAGCGAGAUUGAACGCAGAUCAAAGUCUCCCAUGUCCCUCAAGGAGCUCAUCUCGGCGACGGUGGUCCUCUGGGCCCAGGAGAGCGAGGUGGGCGACCCGGCUCUGGUGAGGGCCAUGUUCUCCCUGCUGCACCGCCAGUACCAGGGCCUGGCGGGCCAGAUGGGAGCGCCGCUCCGCAGGGCCUACACCAUCAGCCGGGCCUCGGUGGAGGAUGCCGUGGGCCUGCUGGCCUCGCUGGGGCAGAUCCGAUCGUUGCUCAGCGUCCGCAUGGGGGGCGAGGAGGAGCGGCUGAUGAUCCGAGGGCUCGGGGAUAUCAUGAACAACAAGGUGUUCUACCAGCACCCAGACCUGAUGAGGGCGCUGGGGAUGCACGAGACUGUGAUGGAGGUGAUGGUCAACGUGCUGGGGGAGGGAGAGUCCAAGGAGAUCAGCUUCCCCAAGAUGGUGGCCCACUGUUGCCGGUUCCUGUGCUACUUCUGCCGCAUCAGCCGCCGCAACCAGGGUGCUCUGUUCGACCGCCUCAGCUACCUUCUGGAGAACAGCAGCGUGGGACUAGCCUCUCCAUCCAUGCGUGGAGCCACACCCCUGGACGUGGCUGCAGCCUCAGUCAUGGAUAACAACGAGCUGGCCCUGGCGCUACGGGAGCCCGACCUAGAGAAGGUGGUCCAGUACCUGGCCGGCUGCGGGCUCCAGAGCUGUGCCAUGCUCGUGUCCAAGGGCUACCCGGACCUGGGCUGGAACCCCGUGGAGGGAGAGCGCUACCUGAACUUCCUGCGCUUUGCCGUCUUCUGCAAUGGGGAGAGCGUGGAGGAGAAUGCCUAUGUUGUGGUGAAGCUGCUGAUUCGCCGGCCCGAAUGCUUUGGCCCCGCCCUGCAGGGCGAGGGGGGGGACGGCCUGCUGGUUGCUAUGGAGGAAGCCAUCAGGAUCUCUGAGGAUAUCUCUAUGGACGGACCCUCAACCGCCUACAGGUCCAGCACAACACUGGACGCCGCGGAGGACGACGGGGGAGACGAUGACCUCAUCCACAUGGGGCACGCCAUCAUGACCUUCUACGCGGCACUCAUUGAUCUGCUGGGCCGCUGUGCGCCGGAGAUGCACCUGAUCCAUGCUGGGAAGGGGGAGGCCGUCCGAGUGAGGUCCAUCCUGCGGUCCCUGGUCCCCCUCUCUGACCUGCAGGGGGUGAUCAGUAUUCCCUUCCAGAUCCCCUCUAUGGAUUCCAAUGGCACACUGGUGGAGCCCGAUCCAACUACAGUGUUCUGCCCAGACCACAAGGCUGCUAUGGUCCUGUUCCUGGACCGGGUCUAUGGCAUCCCGGACCAGCGGCUCCUCUUCCACCUGCUCCAAGUGGGCUUCCUGCCCGACCUGCAGGCUGCUGCCUCGCUGGACACUGCUGACCUUGGCUCCGUCGACAUGGCCCUGGCUCUCAACCGCUACCUGUGCACGGCCGUGCUCCCCCUGCUCACAAAGCACUCCGGCCUCUUCCACGCCUCCGACGUCACCCCCCCCGCCCCGGCCGCCCUGGUCCAGGCCCUCACCCAGGCCGUGUACCGCCUCUCCGCCUCGCCCAACCUCACCAAGGCUCAGAGGGAUUCCAUCGAGCAGUGCAUGCUCGCUAUCUGCGGUGAACUUCAGCCAUCAAUGAUCCAGCCUCUACUGCGGCGCCUCGUCUUUGACAUUCCCCAACUCGCGGGCCACACCAAGAUGCCACUAAAGUUGCUGACCAAUCACUAUGAACAGAACUGGAAGUACUACUGUCUGGUUGGCGAGUCUGGAAACCUAGGCUCCGCCUCGGAGGAGGAGCUUCAUAUGUCCAGGAAGUUGUUUUGGGGCCUGUUCAAUGCUCUGGCUCAAAAGCCCUACGAGGCCGAGCUGUUCAGACUGGGGCUCCAGAGCCUGGCUGCCCUGGCCGGGGCCCUGCCCCCCUGCCACACCCACCCCUGCUGCCUGAGCCAGACGGAGGGGAAGGGCUCCUGGGACAAAGAGGGCCAGUUCAACCCCCAGCCGGUGGACACCUCCAGUGUGUCGCUGCCGGAGAGACUGGAGUUUGUUGUGAACAAGUACGCGGAGCAUACCCAUGAGAAAUGGUCGCUGGACAAGUUUGCUAACGGCUGGGUGCACGGGGAGCAGCUGUGUGAGCAGGCCAAGGUUCACCCCCUGCUGAAGCCGUACCGGGCUCUGGCGGAGAAGGACAAAGAGGCGUACCGCUGGGCUAUCAAGGAGACGUUAAAGACAAUGCUGUCCAUCGGAUGGACGGUGGAGAGGAGUACAGAGGGCGACUCCUUUGGUCUCCCCACCACCUGCACACGCAGGCCCCCGCAGGCAGGACCGUUGUCUUUUGAGGGAGCCUCCACCUUCACUCCCAAACCCUUGGACAUGAGUAGUGUGACCUUGUCAUGGAACCAGUGUUCUAUGGCCGAACAGUUGGCGGAGAACUACCAUAACUCUUGGGCCAAGAGCAAGAAGCUGGAGCUGGAGGCCAAAGGUGGAGCGAGUCAUUCCCUGCUGGUGCCCUACGACGCCCUGAGCGCCAAGGAGAGGAGCAAGCUGCGGGACAGAGCCCAGGACGUCCUGAAGUUCCUCCAGCUCAACGGCUACACAGUGUGGAGGGACCGGAAGUCGGUGGAGACGGACUGCCCGGCCAUAGCCACGCGCUACGGCUACACCCUCCUACAGAGGCUGCUGUCCUACACAGAGGAGGCCCAGGAGGACAUCCUGGAGCUGGAGGUGAUGCAGGCCAGAGGGCAGACGACCAAGGGCGAGAAGCCUCAGCACCAGCAGAGGAUGCACUUUCUAACCAAGGUGGUGCUUCCUCUGCUGGAACAAUACCUCAAGAGCCACCAGGCCUACUACCUUUCCAACUCCACCACGUACCGAGGCACCAGGGGCCACGCUUCUAACAAGGAGAAAGAGAUGGUCGUCAGUUUGUUCUGUAAACUGGCGGGUCUAGUGAGACGUCGAACAUCUCUCUUUGGUGGUAAAGACGCAUCCAUCAACAGCUGCCUCCAUGUCUUGGCUCAGGCUCUGGAUGCCAGGACCCUGAUGCAGGGCUCCUCAGAGGUCAUCCGGGCCUCCCUGCGCUCCUUCUUCGAUGCGGCAGCCAUCGACCUGGAGACGACGGUGGAGCACCUCUCCGUGACCCUGGCGGCCGUCCCCCAUGGCAGGGGUCCGGGUCCGCAGCAUCACCGGGGCCUGGCCAGCGUGUGCGGCUACACGGCCUCCACCCUGCUGCCCCUCCUCACCGCCCUGUCCCAGCACCUCAGGAGCCAGGGCUCUGGAGAUGACCUAUUAGUGGGGAGCGUCCAGGUGUACUGUUACCGGAUCCUCAACUGCCUGUACAGCCUGGGCACCAGCUGCAAAGUGUAUGUGGAGGGACAGAGGUCAGCCGCAGGCGCCUGUCUGGCCGCCCUGAUCGGGGUGAUCCCAGUCAGCGUCCUGGAGCCGGCCCUCGCCCAGGACCAGCCCAGCUCCAUCUUCCACACGCUGAGCGACACCGAGAGACAAGACCUGGGGGUGCCCGGCAGCGCGGAGGAGCUGUGUCCCCUGCUGCCCUCCCUGGAGCAGGCCCUGGGGGAGGUGGAGACCUUGGCAGCUGCCGGCGCCGGGGCUCGCCAGGCCCACUACGGCCACGUCACCGAGGUCACCCUGCCCCUGGUGUGCAGCUACAUGGCCCGCCGGUGGCAGCCGGUGGGACAGCUGGUUCACCUCGACACCGCUCUACUGGGCCACAUCCUCCGUAUCCUCCACAACCACCUGGGGAAGUGCCAGGGGGACUGGAUUCAGCAGCUCGCAGUCUUCGCCCAGCCAAUCAUCUGCGAGGCCUGCCCCGCCCUCCUGAAGAGCCACUUCCUGCCGCUGAUGGAGAAGCUGAGGAAACGGGCGGAGGGCAUCCUGCAGGAGGAGGAGCGCAUGAAGAUGGACGCGGCGGCCCUCAGCGACCGCUCCGAGGCCGAGCUGCGCAUCCAGGAGAAGUUCAUGGUGCUGGUGCGGGACCUGUACGCCUUCUACCUGCUGCUGAUCCCCUUCGUGGACGCCAAGCGAGCCAGCUGGUUAAAGGAGUGCGACCCAGAGGCCCAGCAGUUGUUUGGCAUGGUGGCCGACAUCUUUACCUUUUGGGCCAAGUCUCAUAAUUUCAAGUGGGAGGAACAGAACUACGUGGUCCAGAAUGAAAUCAACAACUCAGCCUUCCUGGUCAACAGCAAUGACAAGAUGUCCAAGCCCAUGGACCAUGAGAACAGGAAGUCAAAAAGGAAGGGGGAUCGCUAUUCCCCACACACCUCUCUCAUUGUUGCUGCCGUGAAAAGGCUGCUCCCUGUAGGCCUGCGUUUCUGCUCUCCAGACGACCAGAGCCUUAUCACACUGGCCAAGAGCCACCUCCAUCAGAGGGAUGCAGACGUUGAGAUUCAAGAGCAUAUCUGUAAUAGUCUAUUACAGCUUCAGAGCCGGCAGGACUCAACAGUGAGCCAGUGGCAGAAGGACCUCUACAGCGAGCCCAUUGGGCCGCAUAAGGACAGCACAGACAUCCAGAGCAAUGCAACGAGGAUCCUGCACAUCGCCCGCGUACUCUAUUACCUGGAUCAGGUGGCACACCCGCAGAGCGGCAAAAGAGCCGCCUGGCACACGGUUCUAUCCAAGCAGAGGAAGAGAGCGGUGGUGGCCUGCCUCAGGAUGGCCCCCCUGUACAACCUGCCCAGGCACAGAGCCGUCAACCUCUUCCUCCAGGGUUACCACAAGUCCUGGAUAUCAGCUGAGGAUCACAGCUUUGAGGAAAACCUUGUGGAGGGUUUAGCAAGGAGGGGAGUGAUGAAGCACUGCGGAGCCAGCAGUGAGGAGGAGGAGGAGGAGGAGGCGGAGGAGGAGGAGGAGGAGAAGAGGAAGCAGAAGGGGGUGGAGGAAUGUGCCCAGCCAAUCGAUCCCCUCCGACAACUCAUUACGCUCUUCAGCCAGAGCGCCCUGACAGAAGGAAGUAAACCUGGGAACGACACGCUGUAUAUGUCCUAUGCCACAAUUAUGGCUAAGAGUUGUCAAAGAAAGGAGGAAGAGGAUGAAAACGAGGAGAUGAAAACCUUUGAAGAGAAGGAGAUGGAGAAGCAGAAGCUGUUGUAUCAACAGGCCCGGCUCCACGACCGCGGCGCUGCAGAGAUGGUGCUGCAGACCAUCAGUGCCAGUAAAGGAGAGAUGGACUCCAUGGUUUCAUCCACUUUAAAGCUGGGUAUUUCCAUACUGAAUGGAGGAAAUACGACUGUGCAGCAAAAAAUGCUGGAGUAUCUUCGAGAAAGGCGAGACGUGGGCUUCUUCAAGAGCAUGGCGGGCCUCAUGCAAUCCUGCAGUGUGCUGGACCUGAAUGCAUUCGAGAGGCAGAACAAAGCGGAAGGAUUAGGGAUGACUGUGGACGAUAGCUCAGGGGAGAAGGUGAUGCCAGACGAAGAAUUGACCUGUGAUCUGUUUCGUUUCCUGCAGCUGCUUUGUGAAGGACACAACUCAGAAUUCCAGAAUUACCUGAGAACACAAACCGGGAACAACACCACAGUUAACAUCAUCAUAUCCACUGUUGACUACCUGCUGAGGCUACAGGAGUCAAUCAGUGAUUUCUACUGGUUUUACUCGGGGAAGGCAGUGAUUGAUAACCACGGGCGGCAGAGUUUCUCUAAGGCCAUCAGUGCGGCCAAGCAAGUCUUCAAUACUCUCACCGAGUACAUACAGGGUCCGUGCACGGGGAACCAGCAGAGUCUGGCCCACAGCCGCCUCUGGGACGCCGUGGUGGGAUUCCUCCACGUCUUCGCUCACAUGCAGAUGAAGCUCUCGCAGGAUUCCAGGCAAAUAAAUCUGCUGAAGGAGUUGAUGGAUCUGCAGAAGGACAUGGUUGUAAUGCUGCUGUCGCUGUUAGAGGGUAACGUGGUGAACGGCACCAUCGGGAAGCAGAUGGUGGACAUGCUGGUGGAGUCCUCCAGCAACGUGGAGAUGAUCCUCAAGUUCUUCGACAUGUUCCUCAAGCUAAAAGACCUGACGUCGUCCGAAGCCUUCCGGGAGUACGACCCCGAGGCCCAGGGCUGCGUGUCCAGGAAGGACUUCCAGAAGGCCAUGGAGAGGUGCAAGCGCUUCUCCCCGCCCGAGGCCCACUUCCUGCUGUCCUGCACCGACGCAGACAGCCCCCUGCUGGACUACGAGGGCUUUGUGGACCGCUUCCACGAGCCAGCCACAGACAUCGGCUUCAGCCUGGCCGUGCUGCUCACCAACCUGUCGGAGCACAUGCCCAACGACUCCCGGCUCGGCACGUUCCUGGAGCUGGCCAAGUGCAUCCUGACCUACUUCCGGCCAUACCUGGGGCGCAUCGAGAUCCUGGGCAGCGGGAAGCGCAUAGAGCGGGUCUACUUUGAGAUCAGCGGGUCGAGCCGCACGCAGUGGGACAAGCCCCAGGUGAAGGAGUCCAAAAGGCAGUUCAUCUUCGACGUGGUGAACGAGGGAGGGGAGAAGGAGAAGAUGGAGAUGUUUGUCAAUUUCUGCGAGGACACCAUCUUCGAGAUGCAGCUGGCGUCUCAGAUAUCCGACUCCGGCGGCGGGCAGAAAAGUUCUGGCAGCGAUUUAGAGGAUGAGGAGGAAAAUGUUAAUAGCAACAACGGGAAAGAGCCGGGCGCAAAGCCUGGCUCGACACAUGAAAACGCGUCUGGUGCGCUGUUGCCUUCACUCUCUCGCCGCAACGCGAGGAAGUACUUCAAGCGGAUGACGGCGAGGGACCUCCUGGUGGCGCCCGUGUGGCUGGUCAGAUGGGUCCUCCUGGGCACGGCGGCGCUGGGCUGGGCCGCGGUGCGCACCGUCCUCUACGCGCUGUACGUGGCCUUCAUCAACGGGGGCGUCGUCGAGGCCUUCCAGAGGACUGGGGUGCUGGACGCGCUGGGCAGCAUCCCGGAGCCCACGCUGGACCGGGUCGCGGAGGCGUCGGCCCCCCUCCGGGAUCGGCGGCCCGUCUCCUUCCAGAGGGAAGGGUGGGAGCUGGGGGAAGGGGCUGGGGCGGCGGGGGGGGCAAAGCCCCCGGCGGCGUCCCCUCGAGAGGUGGACCGCCUCUCAGCCAUAUUUGGUAUGCGCCUGACGAAGGAGGACGGGCAGUAUCGAUUCCACACGGACGACCCUACAGCGAGUCUGACCGACCUGUACCGCGCGCCCGCCGCUGGACAGAGCGCCCCAGGUCACUUUGUCCCCGGGGAGCAUCAGGUGAAGGUCCUGCAGGCUCCGGCGGGUAUCGGGAGGGGGGAAGAUGAGAAAGUGUCUGAGUCACAGAAGAAAAUAGGAGACGUGACUGAGAAGACGGAGGUCAAGGAGGAGACCAGGGGGAAGUGGAAAACCAAGCGGUGCUCCAGCCAGUGUGAGGAACCAGACGCCCAGCAGUCUGCCCUGUGGGGGUUGAUGGGCAGCUAUCAGAUGAAGCUGCUGAAUUGCUUUGCGAGGAAUUUCUACAACAUGAGAUUGCUGUCUCUCUUCGUGGCAUUCGCUAUCAACUUCAUCCUCCUCUUCUACAAGGUGUCUCCCUUCACCGCGGAGGAGGACCAGAGCAGCGCUACGUCGGCCUCGUCCCAGCCCGAGGGGGCUCGGGACCCCGCCGAGGGGGGAGGUGGCGGCGACGGGGGCUUCUUCGUCCUGGAGGAGAGUAGCGGCUACAUGAAGCCCUCGCUGCGCCUCCUGGCCGUGACGCACACCCUCUUCUCCUUCUGUUGCAUCAUCGGCUACUACUGCCUCAAGGUGCCACUGGUGAUCUUUAAGCGGGAGAAGGAAAUCGCUCGGCGGCUGGAGUUUGACGGCGUGUACGUGACCGACCAGCCCCCGGACGACGACAUCAAAGGCCAGUGGGACCGAAUGGCCAUCAACACACGGUCGUUUCCCAACAAUUACUGGGAUAAAUUUGUCAAGAGGAAGGUGAUGGAUAAGUACGGGGAGCUGUACGGCAGCGAGCGGAUCGGUGAGCUGCUGGGUUUGGACCGCGCCGCGCUGGACUUCAGCUCCCAGAGUGCGGAGGCCAGGAGACCCAGGAGGGACACGGCCUGGAGCUCUCUAUGCUACGCCGUUGACCUCAAGUACCAGGUCUGGAAACUGGGGGUGGUGUUCACUGAUAACUCUUUCCUAUACCUCACCUGGUACAUGGUCAUGUCAGCCCUGGGCCACUACAACAACUUCUUCUUCGCCGUUCACCUCCUGGACAUCGCCAUGGGCUUCAAGACCCUGCGCACCAUCCUGUCCUCGGUCACGCACAACGGGAAGCAGCUGGCCCUGACGGUGGGCCUGCUGGCGGUGGUGGUGUAUCUCUACACCGUGGUCGCCUUCAACUUCUUCCGCAAGUUCUACAACAAGGGCGAGGACGGCGGCACCCGGGACAUGAAGUGCAACGACAUGCUCACCUGCUACAUGUUCCACAUGUACGUGGGGGUCCGUGCCGGGGGGGGCAUCGGCGACGAGAUCGACGACCCGGCCGGCGACGAGUUUGAGAUGGAGCGCGUAGUCUUCGACAUCACCUUCUUCUUCUUCGUCAUCGUCAUCCUCUUGGCCAUCAUCCAGGGUUUGAUCAUCGAUGCCUUUGGGGAGCUGCGCGACCAGCAGGAGCAAGUGAAAGAGGAUAUGGAGACCAAAUGUUUUAUUUGUGGAAUAGGAAAUGAAUACUUUGAUACGGUCCCUCAUGGCUUUGAAACACACACACUACAGGAGCACAACCUGGCCAACUAUCUAUUUUUUAUGAUGUAUCUCAUUAACAAAGACGAAACCGAACACACUGGACAGGAAUCUUACGUGUGGAAGAUGUACCAGGAACGCUGCUGGGAAUUCUUCCCUGUGGGCGACUGUUUCCGGAAGCAAUACGAGGAUCAGCUGGGAUGAGAAGCAGAGAGAUCCCACCCACCACCUACCUCCCCCCAUGACAAUGUCAUCACAUCUGACCUUGGUGGGCUACAUAAAGCACCCUCACCACUGAAUCGGCUCCUGAGGAAUAUACAUCUAUCAUGUUUUACAUGUUGCCUUCGUAUGAUAAUUGUUUUUGAAAAGAUUGCAGUACUUUAUACCAGUUAUUCUUAAGCAAUAAAAUACGUUUCAAUUUGAAA